CGCGGCCCACGCUCCCGCGCGGCCCAGCCCAGGCCGGGGGGCUCAGUCCCACGCUGCCGCCCGGCCCAGGCUCCCUCCAUGCUCACCCCUCCCCCAGCUUCCCGCCGCCACUCACCGAACCGGAACCGGCUGCCAGGCAGAGGUGUUUCCGGCCGGGCGGAACGCAAAACCCGGGAACCGCCGCGAACCGGAACCGCCUCACAGCACCGGAAGCGCGCUCGGCGGCUGCCGAGUAGGCACCGAAGACCCAGAUGACAGCUGCAGCCUGAUUACAGUCUUGAAGAAGAAAGCUUCUGGAAGCCCCAGCC